UUCCCAUUUUUAUUAUAUCCCACCAUGAAUACCCUCCACCUCCUCUCAUUCUUCCUUGUCUCCGCCACUUUAACCACCGCCGCAUACCCCCCUCCAUACGGCGAGGAAUCAUGCGGCGCCGCCGAACUAAUCCCGGAUAAAAGAGAUACUUAUGGUAAUGGCCGGAUUAUCGACAUAACUCACCGUAUUGAUCCCAACAUGCCGGCGUUUACUUCUUCUCACGGUGUUGGUCAGUUUAUCUGGCUUGUUGCCAGCCAGAAAAAUGGGUCUAUUGCUAAUAAUUCCGAGAUGAAACUCCCUUCUCAUACUGGGACUCAUGUUGAUGCACCUAGCCAUUUUUAUCAAGAAUACUUGGAUGCUGGUUAUGAUGUUGAUACUCUUGAUCUUGAUGUUCUUAAUGGUCCUGCACUUCUGGUGGAUGUACAAAGGGAUAGCAACAUAACUGCGGACGUGAUGAAAUCACUACAUAUUCCAAAAGGAGUACGGCGUGUGCUUUUUAGAACUCUAAACACAGACAGGCGUCUUAUGUAUAAGAAGGAGUUUGAUUCUAGCUAUGUUGGUUUCAUGAAGGAUGGUGCUCAAUGGUUGGUGGAUAAUACAGACAUCAAGCUUGUUGGUAUCGACUAUUUAUCUGUUGCUGCAUUCGCUGACUUGGCUCCUUCUCAUCUUGUUCUCCUCAAAAGUAGGGAAAUCAUACUAGUGGAAGGUCUAAAGCUGGAUAACGUCCCCGCAGGAACGUAUAAUGUACAUUGCUUACAUCCACGUAUGGCCGGUGCCGAGGGCACACCUAUAAGAUGCAUUCUCAUGAAGUGAUGCUUUAAGUCUAACGUGAAUCUCAACAUGCAAGCGUAAUUCUGAUGUAUGGCCUAUGAGAUUCAGGGAUGCAUAUAUCUGGAAAUGGAUCUGGUACCUCACGAUUUCAAGAGGUUGAAGAGAUUAUAUAUGUUUGUGCGAGUGCCAUGUAAAUUUGCUACAGAAAUCAUGUCCUGGCAAUUUCUUGUAAUUGGUUAUUAUAUGAUGCUUUCCUAUUGUACUAUCUCCAUUUCCUUUUAGUCUAUAAACAUUAUAAAAUGUUGAUAUUUGAAAAAUAUAUAUCGAGACGAAUUUUAUAGUAACA